UUUACUCGACCUAUUGUAACUAUAGCGAAGCAGAAAUCUCAGAGUGAACGGUUGAGUAUGGCAGGUAGAGAGGAUUCCGACAAGCCAAACCGAGUCCGCAAGAGCUCUCCCGCAUUUAACAACCACCAGAAGCACCGCAAGCGGACUCAAUUGGCUUCCCUUGAUAUAAUUCCCUUCCUAUCGUGACUCACUAUGUUGAAGUGGAAUUUUUGCUUUAAAUAUCACGUGUUUUCGCGUUGCCAAGAUCGGAGUUUGCAUCAACAGCUUCCGCUGUUCUUAUCCAGCUCAACGCGCUUGCUUUUGCUUGUUCAUCUUCUGCUCAUUGCCUCAGUAGUUAUAUAACAUCUCUGGUUGUCUUUUUCACCUAAGCCCAUGGCCUAUGACUACAAUGAAGCGCAAGCAACCGGAUUCUUCAAAGGAGGAGCACUCAAUUGACACCACACCGCGAAAGCGAAGGACGACCACAGACCCUCACGGCACCACCACAGGCAUACCCCAAACACCCUCAAGAAAACCUAACUCCACGAGGAAUGGGCCCAAAACAAAACCUACCCCCGAUCCAAAUACGCCAACCAACAAUUCUUCAGUCCCAAAGACCCAGUCAAGAUCGCUAUUCGCAACCCCUACAAAGGCCACGGGGGAAAAAGCGACGGAUGUUUCUCCGUCCGUAGCAAGAAAUGCUAAUCGCUCAGCGAAGAGGAAGAGCGCGCGCGUACUUCUAGAACACAAUGACGAGGAUGACUGGGAUGGAGCAGAUCAAUUGGCGCAAGCCAUCUGGGAACCCGACGACGAUGAUGCUGAGGCCGAGGGCGAGGAUGAUAAAGAGGAAGAGAAAACAAAGAAGCGACUAGCAACGAAAGUAAGCGGCGCUGCAAAGACUCAAGAUACCCCAAAGCGCCGUGCUGGACGCCCUAAAGGCGCCAAAAACCGGCGAUCUCCGACCCCCGAGGGAGAUCUCCCACCCCACGAAAGAUAUUUCUUUCAAAAUCGACCGGGACCUGUUCAAACUUCUAAUAAUACGCUUGCGAAACUAUCGCUUUUGACGCAUGAGGAGUAUUUCGAGCAGAUGAGCAAAUUUGUGGAUCCACACCAAAAGGAAAAAGAGUUUUUACUUGAAUUGCAUGAACAUUCAUUUCCGCAGUGGGCAUUUGAACUGAGCGAGGGGUUUAAUAUAUGUUUAUACGGAUAUGGUUCAAAAAGGCGGCUCGUGAAUCGAUUUGCGGAAUGGCUGUCCCAACAGCACAGUGAUCCACCAACGAUCGUAAUUGUGAAUGGCUACGUGUCUAGCACAACGAUACGGUCUAUUCUUUCGACUAUCAUCAACGCAAUCCUUGGGCCUGAUACCCCUUCGAAACUUGGUACGCAGCCGUCAGAGGUUUUGGAGCUACUUCAAUCCAUCCUAAAUACCAAUCCACCCCCAAGACCAAUUAUGGUCUUUAUAAAUUCCAUAGAUGCAUCGCCCCUCCGGCGUCCUUCUCAUCAGGCCCUUCUGGCACGGCUUGCCAGCAUACCCCUGGUCAAUAUACUUGCCACAGCUGAUACACCGAAUUUCCCGUUGCUAUGGGAUGUAAGUCAUCGAGAUCAAUUCAAUUUUGUUUUCCACGACUGCACAACCUUCGCAUCGUAUGACGUGGAACUCAACGUCGUUGAUGAGGUAAACAACCUUCUCGGCCGUCAAGUACGUCGAAUUGGUGGAAAGGACGGAGUCAACUUUGUCCUGAAAAGUCUUCCAGAAAAUACUCGCAAACUAUAUCGCUUGUUGGUGACGGAGAUCCUCACACUACUAAGCGAGCAGCAUGUUUCCGAAGACGAGGAUAAUGGUGACGGAGACGGAAAGAAAGCCCGUGGAGUCCACGCGGGCGAAGAAAUAGCCAUAGAAUGGCGAACGUUAUUUCACAAAGCUGCCGAAGAAUUCAUCUCCUCGUCAGAAAUGAUGUUCCGUACGCAGCUGAAGGAGUUCUAUGACCAUCAAAUGAUCGUGUCACGUACUGAUGCGAGCGGAGUGGAAAUGCUUGGAAUCCCUCUCUCCAGAGAAGAGAUGGAAGGAGUUUUGGAAGAUUUAAUUAUUGAUUGAAAUAUUAUAGCACAUCAUAUGUUUUCCCCAUUUUUCUAUAUUUGCGUUCCAUUCCAGAUGAUUAUAUUCACAAGCAUAUAAUACCCUAUCUAUAUCUAGAGCCCAGCUUAAAUAUACAGAUAAAAUGAAUACAAUUAACGAAGACCAGAGCACCCAGGCGGCUGCCUAUCUCCAUUGGAUGGAGAGAUCCACUACAUUAAAAAGAGCAUCUCGCAAUACGUGGUGUUGUCUUUAGCUCCUAAAAUUGCGCAAAUGCAGCCAACAUCAUCAUCGUUCCAAAGCUGACUUUGAAGGGGACCUUUUCUGUCACAAACCGCUGAACAUCCGCGGAUUUGACAUGUUUCUGCAACCAGCGUGUGGGGACGAUAUUGUAGCCCUUGGAGGCUGCCCACUGAUCGAUUCCAAGACCGCAUGUUAGCGAGUAGACAUUAUAGGAGAAUCAAUUCAUUGGCCCUCCAAAUAAAGACAAAACCAUGUGGAUGAAACCAAAAUAAAUUAAAACAAUAUUUUAAUAAACAUACCUCCACCCCCAAAAUCAUAACCCCCAGCGCAAAUACGAGCGCCCUCGAAAAUAUCCUCAACCCAAGCCCGGCCACCAACCCCAGCACGCUUCCCAAACUAAUCUGCCUCGCAGUUGUCUCGCUAAUUCCGCUCCGACUGCGGAUCCCGCUUGCUGUUUCGGACACAGGGCUGCUGCCGUAUUGCGAAUGGCUAGUAGUGGUGAAGGGCCCGGCAAAGUCGCAAAGGAUGGGUUGUCGUCUUGGGAGAGCAGUGUAGAGGGAGAGGCCGAGGGGAACGGCGAAGAGGAACGGUCUGGCGGGGGUGAGGAAGCGGGCGAGGAAAGGAGCGGCCAUCUUUUUUCCUGUGUGGUUGUGUUUCACGGGUUGAUUUGGUAGGUUUUAUUUGAUUUGUAAGGGGUGUUCUGUUUGGCAAUUGGGUUUAAUGGACAACGUUAUUCCUUUCCUAAGAGGGGUGAAUAAUAUGUGCUGGUGUACGGAGUAUGGGAUGUUAAAUGCAGGUCCCACGCUUGCCAAGCUCGGAGCGUUGUUGGGCGUCUUGUCUUUGCGUUCCAAGGAAACCAGGGGAAGGCGGCGCUGAUGUCAUGGCCGAGCGCGGAGGUGCAUUUAGGCUUUUUUAAACUCACGCUAAAUCUUAGAAUCACGGCAGCCUUACUCAAUAGAGUUUAGUGAAUUCCCA